AUGACUUCGAAUAGCCAAAAGGUGUCAACAACUGAGCGGGUUAUUAAAAGUGUACCUUUUCCUCCAAGUCAUAAAUUAACUACAGAUGAAGUGUUCGACACACGAACGGGUAAACCCAAACCGGACGUGCUCAAGCAACAUUUUAUUUUAGAAGGGAGAAUAGAUGAAAGUGCAGCCCUUAGAAUAAUUAACGAAGGAGCUGCUCUCCUCCGUUCGGAGCGAACUAUGAUAGAUAUAGAGGCACCUGUAACAGUAUGUGGGGAUAUCCACGGUCAGUUUUACGAUCUCAUGAAGUUAUUCGAAGUCGGGGGAUCUCCCGCCACUACAAAGUACCUUUUCUUAGGAGAUUACGUCGACCGAGGGUAUUUUAGUAUAGAGGCAACGUGUGUGCUGUAUUUAUGGGCGUUAAAGUUAUGUCAUCGGUUUACACUGUAUUUGCUACGUGGAAACCACGAAUGUAGACACCUUACGGAAUAUUUCACAUUUAAACAAGAGUGUAAAAUAAAAUAUAGUGAUCGUGUGUAUGAAGCGUGUAUGGAGGCUUUCGAUUGCUUGCCAUUGGCGGCUCUCAUGAACCAACAAUUCCUAUGUGUUCACGGCGGACUUUCACCAGAAAUACACAAUCUAGAUGAUAUUAGGAGGUUGGACAGAUUUAAGGAACCGCCCGCGUUCGGGCCCAUGUGCGAUCUAUUAUGGUCGGAUCCGUUAGAAGAUUUUGGAAACGAAAACAAUACCGAGCACUUCAGUCACAAUUCGGUGCGAGGUUGUUCAUAUUUUUACUCGUAUGCGGCAUGUUGCGAUUUUCUUCAAAACAAUAAUUUAUUGUCCAUAAUACGAGCACACGAAGCACAAGAUGCAGGAUAUCGAAUGUAUAGGAAAAGUCAAACAACAGGAUUUCCGUCACUCAUCACAAUAUUUUCAGCUCCAAAUUACCUGGACGUGUACAACAAUAAAGCGGCCGUUUUAAAAUACGAGAACAACGUUAUGAACAUAAGGCAGUUCAAUUGUUCUCCUCACCCUUAUUGGUUACCCAAUUUCAUGGAUGUCUUCACGUGGAGUUUGCCAUUCGUAGGUGAAAAAGUUACUGAGAUGUUAGUCAACGUCCUUAAUAUAUGCUCCGAUGAUGAGCUCAUGUCCGAUGGUGAUGACAACCUCGAAGAAGCAAACCUACGAAAAGAAGUUAUAAGGAAUAAAAUUCGAGCCAUUGGAAAAAUGGCUCGAGUUUUCUCGGUGCUCAGAGAAGAGAGCGAAAGCGUUUUGCAAUUGAAAGGAUUGACUCCGACCGGAGCUUUGCCGUUGGGAGCACUUUCCGGAGGGAAAACCUCAUUGAAAAAUGCGCUGCAAGGAUUUUCACCGAAUCACAAGAUAACAUCAUUUGCCGAGGCUAAAGGGUUAGAUGCAAUCAAUGAAAGGAUGCCGCCGCGUAAAGACGCUCCGCCGACUCCCGUUUCGGAAGAUGCCGCUCCACCAAAAUCCGAUGCCAACCAUUCUUGA